CCCGCCCCGCCCCUCCCCUCCCCGCCCGCGGGGAAAAACAGUCGCGCGGCGAUGACGUCGCGGGGGCCUGGCCGGGCGUCGCGGACUCGGGAGAUGGAGGAAAAGGAGCAAUUACGGCGACAGAUUCGUCUCCUGCAGGGUCUGAUCGAUGACUACAAAAACCUCCAUGGAAACGCGUCUGCCCCGGGCACCUCAGCUGCUUCCCGGUGGCAGCCACCUGCUUACAACAGCAGCAGGGCCUUCAGUGCCUGCUACCCUCGCCCAAGCCGGAGGGGCUUCUCCCCGAACCACGGGCCUGGAUGGCGCAAGAAGUACUCUCUCGUGAAUCGGCCCCCGGGAUCCUCAGACCCCGCCAGUGACUGUGCUGUGCAGCCGCCCCUCGGGGCUGGGGGGAGCCAGGGCCCUGACCCCCAGCAGUAUGUCCUGGAGAGGCAGGUGCAGCUUAGUUCAGAUCAGAACAUGGUCAUCAAAAUCAAACCACCUUCAAAACCGGGUUCAGCUAGUGCUGCAGGGGUCCCUCGGGGCUCCUUGGAAGAGUUUGGGGACCCCCCCUGGAGUGACCACAGGCCUCGGGAGGGUGAGGGCGAGCCUCCUGGUGGGCAGCAGCAACCCUCAAAGCCAGGAAGAGUCAAGGGGAGCUGUGGUGCAGAGGACCCCAUUCUGGUCCGCCAGAAGGAGCCUGGCAAGCCUCGGGUGGUGAAGUCCGUGAGCAGCAUGAGUGACAGCCCCUCAGAGCCCCGGCGGACGGUCAGCGAGAGUGCGGUUGCAGUCAAGGCACGCUUCCCAUCGUCCACCCUGUCCCAGCGCAGCAGCACGGCUGUGGGCCGGAAGGUGGGCUCGCACUUUGUGGCCAGUUGUGUCACCCAGCUCCUUGGAGAUGGGAGAGUGAAUGCUGGCCACCCAGAUCAGCCGGCUUCCUCUGGUGUGGUGGCCGGCCCAGCUAGACCAGCUUCUGGACCCAGGCAGGCCCGAGAAUCAUCACUGCUUGUGUCCUGUCGAACCCACAAGUUCCGGAAGAACAACUACAAGUGGGUGGCUGCUUCCGCCAAGAGCCCGCGGGCUGCGCGGAGGGCCCUCAGUCCCAGAGCAGCCUCGGAGAAUGUGUGCAAGGCCCCCUUUGGCACAGCGGAGCAAGUGGAGAAGACGCAGCUCAGAGCCGAUCCAGAUGCCAAGCCCCGGAGGUCGUCUGCGUCCUCCACGGCCGGGGCCUCCCCGAGCAAGUACAAGUGGAAAGCGUCCAGCCCCUCAGCCUCCUCCUCCUCCUCCUUCCGUUGGCAGUCGGAAGCUGGCAGCAAGGACCGUGCCUCCCAGCUCUCUCCAGUCCCAUCCCGGUCCCCUCCGGGGGAUAGACCAGCAGUGGGACCUAGCAGUUUGAAGCCCCUCCUCAGUGAGCCCCUGCUCUCAGCUUACAAAGUGAAGAGCCGCACCAAGAUCGUCCGGAGGCGGGGAAGUGCCAGCCUUCCUGGGGACAAGAAGAGCAGCCCCCCACCCGCUGCCGCUGCUAAGAGCCAGUUCAGCUUGCGGCGGAGGCCGGCCCUCCGGGGAAAGAGCAGCCCCGUUCUGAAGAAGACCCCCAACAAGGGCCUGAUGCAGGUCACCAGGCACCGGCUGUGCUGCCUGCCUCCAGGCCGGGCCCACCUCCCCACCAAGGAAGGUAUGACCAGGAGGAGGGGUUCCGGAAAGUUUGCUGAGCCAGCGUCCAGUCUGCACACCCUGCGGACCCCUUCCACCAGCAAAGUGAUCAAGACCCGCUACCGCAUCGUCAAGAAGACCCCAGUACCUCCUCUCAGCGCCCCCCAGUUUCCCCUAUCCCUGCCCUCCUGGCGGACACGGCGGCUCUCCCUGUCCAGGUCUCUGGUGUUGAACCGCUUGCGCCCUGCUGCGGGGGGCGGGAAGGCCCAGCCCGGCUCUCCUCGGUGGCGGAACAAAGGCUACCGCUGCAUCGGAGGGGUCCUGUACAAGGUGUCGGCCAACAAGCUCUCCAAGACCUAUGGCCGGCCCAGCGGCGACGGUGGCAGCAGGCCCCUCCUGCGCACAGGCCGCACGGACCCUACCAGCAGCUGCAGCCGCUCCCUGGCCAGCCGGGCCGUCCAGCGCAGCCUGGCCAUCGUCCGGCAGGCGAGGCAGCGGCGGCGGAAGCAGCAGCAGGAAUACUGCAUGUACUACAACCGCUUCGGCAGGUGCAACCAUGGCCAGCACUGCCCCUACAUCCACGACCCCGACAAGGUGGCCGUGUGCACCAGAUUUCUCCGGGGCACGUGCAAGAAGACAGAUGGGACGUGCCCCUUCUCCCACCAUGUGUCCAAGGAGAAGAUGCCCGUGUGCUCCUACUUCCUGAAGGGGAUUUGCAGCAACAGCAGCUGUCCCUAUAGCCACGUCUAUGUGUCCCGGAAGGCGGAGGUCUGCACCGACUUUCUCAAAGGCUACUGCCCGCUCGGCGCAAAGUGCAAGAAGAAACACACGCUGCUGUGCCCUGACUUCUCUCGCAGGGGCCUCUGCCCCCGGGGCGCCCAGUGCCAGCUGCUGCACCGCAGCCAGAAGCGCCUCGGCCGGCGGGCAGCCCCGGAGCCGGGUGGUGCACCUCCCAGGGCCAAGGCCUCCUCCAGCCACGGAGCCAGUCCUCGCCGAGCCCAGGAGGCCAGCCCAGGGCCCAGACCCCCAGAAGCCCCCCAACCAAGGACUCAGGGAAAACUCUGCACAUCAAACCCCGUCUGUGAGGGCCCAGGGGGCCGGCCCGCGCCUACCUCAGCCCCUCGUUCCCGCAGAGGAAGGAGGCUCCGCCUGCCCCUGCCCCGGAGGAGGGGCCGCCUGCCACCGAGUCCCCCCCAGGAGCCCCGGGGUCGUUGCUCUGCCCGCCUGGCUUUCAGCCUUCCGUGACCAGUGUGCGCCCAGGGCCUCGGCUUGUCCUUGGGCCGGGCUCUGCCCAGCCAGCCCCUCUGCACACCCACCUUCCUCCCACCCCCACCCCCGGGUCCUCAGCCUCGCACCCAGGAUGUGCUCCAACCCCCAGCCCAGAGGGGUGCCGGGCAGGGCUCACCGCCAGGCCUGUGCCCACUGUGGGUGUGAGAGCAGCUGUGCCACGCACCCCCCACCUUCCCCCAGGACUCCUGCCGGGCUCCCUGGUGGGUGUUUUAUGUUCAGCAAUAAAGGUUCUGUCCUGUGUCU